AGAAUUAUUGCAAACAUUUUGGUUUCAAAUUAAAUUAUUGUUGAUAUUUUGCAGUAUUGUGUAAAAUCUGUAUCAAAAUGAGUGUGAAAUCAAUAGAAGAACAAGUGAAUGAUGUUGUUUCUGAAUUACUGAGAGGAGAAGCCAUUGAAGAGGCAUUUUGCAACUUUAUUGUGUUUAAUGAGGAGAAUGACAAAGCGAAUAAGGCCUUCACUUGUGAGAGAAUGAAGAAAUUAUGGCAAGGCAUUCCACAGGAAUCACAUGACACAGCUCUGAGAACGUACAUCCAGUGUCUUUAUCGCCAGUACAACCUCAAGAGGGUUUCUCUCCUGUGUGAUCUCUUAGAGAGAAUGGUUGAAGAUAGUGUCAUGUCAGCUAAGCAGAUAUGUGAGGAAUUGUUAGCCCAUGAAGGCUUGAGCUACAAACAACCUUUGCAGUGGAAAGCAACAUUUACACUGAUACGAAAAAUUAUUGGUGGAGUUGAAUACAAGGGUGUUAGAGAUCUUCUACGUACCAUUCUGCAAAAGUGUCAGAAUUCAACACCAGCAGAAAACGUGGCCUCGCUGCCACAGGUGGAUUCUGUAAUUGAGGUGGUGAAAUACAUUCUGGAUCGGAAUGCAUGUCUUCUCCCUGCUUACCUGGCCGUGAAUGAAAUAACCAAAGUGUGUCUGGAUGUCCACAACUGGCCAGACUGGAGGAUGGGAAAAUUGAUCUCAGAUUAUGUCAACAGUUUCAGACCAGCUGCACAGAUGGUAUCAAUAUCUGGCAGACAUCACCUGCUACCUGUAGUUGGUCAUUCUAUGUCUAUGAACAACGUGUGGCAUCUCAGUAAAAGCAGUCUUCAUUUUCAGCUGGUUGGCCCACUUCCAUACGACAAGAUUCUACAACAGCCUCAGACUGGACUCCUGCGUUAUGUGUUAGAACAGCCCUACUCAAGGGAAAUGGUCUGUAACAUGCUCACCCUAAAUAAACAGGCCAAGCAGCGAUGUGAAGUUCUGGAGGAACAGCUUGUAGAUUUGGUCGUCUUGGCGAUGGAGCGGUCUGAAAACGAGUCUGUGAAUGAUGAUACAGGACUUAGUCAGUUGCUAUGGCAACACCUGUCUAGUCAGCUGAUCUACUUUGUGCUGUUUCAGUUUGCCAGUUUUCCACACAUGGUUUUGUCACUCUACGAAAAGUUGAAAGGGAAGAACUUGAAGAAAGGACGAGAUCACCUCAUGUGGGUUUUACUUCAGUUCAUAUCUGGCAGCAUUCAAAAGAAUCCACUAGCAGACUUUCUGCCUGUGAUGAAGCUGUACGACUUGCUGUACUCGAGCGAUGAAAUCAUCCCCAUGCCGGACGUCUCCAAGGCCGACUCCACCCAUACCAUGGCCAGCACGUGCAUCUGGAUUCACCUCAACAAGAAAGCCGAGCAGAGCGAUAAACAGAAACUUCAAAGACCCAUUCCAUUUGGUCUGAAAUCUCACUUAGAGUUUCUGAAGAAAACGAUGAACACUAAAAAUCUCAGUCUGAAUGACUUCACCAUAGCUCUGCUCUGUAAUGCAUACAGUACCAACACAGACUUCUUUGGCUUGCCAAUGGGGAUCCUCAUUGAAAGUGUCUAUGGAAACACCAAAAGCACAACCAUGUUGCCAGGCAACAUUGUGGCAUCGGCUCCAACAGUGCCACUUCCCAUGAGCCUAUUGGACUCUUUGACAGUUCAUGCAAAAAUGAGUCUCAUCCACAGUAUUGUGACUCGAGUGAUCCGCCUUGCCAAGGCCAAACAGAACAUGUCUCUGGCUCCAGCCUUGGUGGAGACGUAUAGUCGGCUGCUGGUCUACAUGGAAAUAGAAUCUCUUGGAAUCAAGGGCUUCAUUAGUCAGCUCCUUCCGACCGUGUUCAACAGCCACGCGCUGGGCAUCCUGCACACCCUGCUGGAGAUGUUCAGCUACCGACUCCACCACACUCAGAUCCACUACAGAGUCCAGCUCCUCGGCCAUCUGCACACACUGGCCUCCAUUCAGCAGACCAACCAGAACCAGCUACACCUGUGUGUUGAAAGUACGGCUCUCCGACUCAUCAUCAGUCUGGGCAGCUCGGAGGUCCAGCCUCAGUUAUCUAGAAUCUCGAGUGAGUCGAAGUCUCAGGCCUUUCUCGCUGGCGAGUCGGAGGAGUUGAACAGAGCUCUGAUCAUCACACUGGCCAGAGCCAUGCAUAUCACAGGAGUGGACAGUCACACCACAAACUGGUGUAAGGAUAUCUUGACGUCGAUCAUGCAGAACACUCCCAUUGGCUGGCCGUCGCACACUCUACAGUACUUCCCACAGAGUUUGGUGGAAUUCUUCAGUCAGAACCCGGUGACGAAAGAGGACAAGACUCAACUGAAGAGAAAUGUAGAGGCAGAGUACAAGAAGUGGAAAAGUGGUAUGAAUAGUGAAAAUAACAUCAUUGCUCACUUUUCCAUGCAAGGAAUAGCUCCAAUAUUUUUGUGCAUUGUUUGGAAAAACCUUUUGGAAGAGAACCGAAUCCCACCAACGGCCUUCAAGGUGCUAGAUCGUUUGGGACCCAGAGUCCUGUCGUCUCACCUCAGGACGUUCGCCGACUUCCUGGUGUAUGAGUUUUCCAACACUCAGGGUUCAGGCAACAUCAACAGGUACCUGGAUGCCCUCACAGAAAUUAUCUGGCGCAGCAACAUCAUCACCAUAGACCGACUGGUUCUCUGUUUGGUCCUGCGUAACCUGGAGGGUAAGGAGGCACAAAUCAAGUUUCUCAUCGUGCAGCUUCUGCUGCUGAAUGUGGCGGAGUUCAAGAACCGGGUGCAUGAGUUCGUCAAAGAGAACAGCCCAGAGCACUGGUUGCAGAAUAACUGGCAUGAGAAACACAUGGCGUUUCACAAGAAAUACCCAGAGAAGUUUUACUAUGAAGGGAUCCAAGACUUGAAUAACCCAAUCCAUCAUCAGUAUUUACCUGUUUACUUCGGAAAUGUCUGUCUCAGAUUUCUUCCUGUCUUGGAUGUCACCAUUCAUCGUCUGCUUGAGUUUCUUCCUGUCCAGAAGAUCUUGGAAAACAUUCUUGACAAUAUUGGCUGCCUGUACAAAUUCCAUGACCGACCAGUGACGUAUUUGUACAAUACACUGUUCUACUUUGAGAAGCGAUUAAACGGAAAGCCCAGUCUGAAGAGACGACUUGUCCAUGCCAUCAUUGGUGCGUUCAAGGACAUUCGCCCCCCGAACUGGUGCUUGUCGAAGGAAUACGGACACUACCUGCAGAUGCCCCAUGACAACAUUGACUGGGUUCCCAACCAGGAGUAUUACGUCCAUCUCAUCGGCAGACUUGUCGACAGUAUCCUUAUUCCGCCCCCCUUUCCCAACUGUGAUUGGCGAUUCAACGAAUUCCCGAACCCGGCCGCCCACGCUCUGUACGCCACGUGUGUCGAGUUGAUGGCCCUUCCCUCCAACAGUAACAUUGUAGGGGGCGCUCUGCUCGAUGUGGCCCUCAAGAGUUGCUUGCAGCUUCCACAAGACAAGAUAAUAUCAUGGAUGAAUGCUGUUGGCCUUGUCCUGACGGCACUUCCUGAUCCAUUUUGGGCAGUUCUGCAUGAAAACAUAGUGUCGACCAUCAGCAUGCCGCAGCUGGUUGUCCCGAGUGGCAGCACGAACCCGUUCCAGAUGUUCAACUUCUUCACGAGUCACAUGGUGUUUGCCGAGCAGCACUGCAGCUACCUGCUGGGUCUGUGUCACACCGUCUGGCACCACGCCGGCAUCGGCCAGCUCAGUCUACUACCGGUGUUUAUUAAGGAAAAACUGCGGCCCAUCAUCAAGACGGAGGAUCAGUUCCUGUAUCUGUGCCAUCUGGUCGGACCAUUCCUGCAGAGAUUCCACCUGGAAAGAACCCGCUGCUUGCUCGAUAUCACCAUGGAGCUGUACGAGAUCCUGAUGACUGUCGACAAGUCGUGUGAACACAUGCGCUACAUCGACCCCAUCAGUGACUUCCUAUACCACAUAAAGUAUAUGUUUGUCGGAGACGGUGUGAAGAACGAAGUGGAAAAGGUGAUACGCAAUUUACGUCCGGCUCUGCAGUUACGACUACGCUUCAUUUCACAUACAAACGUGGAGGAGGUGUCAUCGUGAAGAAAGUAGACUGGUGGACAGUGAUGCUGAAAAACAUUUCAUUGUGGCCCUUGAUGAUACUUUGGAGGAACGGUUUCAGUCAAAAGUGGACUGUGCAUUUCAGGAUAGAAUUCCAUUUCAGUGUAUUUCAUGAAUACUGGAAAGUGCAUUUAAGGAAUGACUUCCUAGCAAACGACAAGAUGGAACUAUUUAAGAAAUGGGUCCCUUGUAAAAUGCUGGACAGUGAAUUUAAAGAAGAGUGUUAUAAAACUGGACAGUCUAUUCAAGGAAUGGUUUCCUGUAAAACAGUGUAUGUCAGGAAGAGUGUUAUAAAACUGGACAGUCUAUUCAAGGAAUGGGUUCCUGUGAAACAGUGUAUGUAAGGAAGAGUGUUAUAAAACUGGACAGUCUAUUCAAGGAAUUGGUUCCUGUGAAACAGUGUAUGUAUGGAAGAAUGUUAUAAAACUGGAAAGUCUAUUCAAGAAAUGGGUUCCUGUGAAACAGUGUAUGUAAGGAAGAGUGUUAUAAAACUGGACAGUCUAUUCAAGGAAUGGGUUCCUGUGAAACAGUGUAUGUAUGGAAGAGUGUUAUAAAACUGGACAGUCUAUUCAAGGAAUGGUUUCCUGUAAAACAGUGUAUGUAUGGAAGAGUGUUAUAAAACUGGACAGUCUAUUCAAGGAAUGGUUUCCUGUGAAACAGUGUAUGUAUGGAAGAGUGUUAUAAAACUGGACAGUCUAUUCAAGGAAUGGUUUCCUGUGAAACAGUGUAUGUAAGGAAGAGUUAUAAAACUGGACAGUCUAUUCAAGGAAUUGGUUCCUGUGAAACAGUGUAUGUAUGGAAGAAUGUUAUAAAACUGGAAAGUCUAUUCAAGAAAUGGGUUCCUGUGAAACAGUGUAUGUAAGGAAGAGUGUUAUAAAACUGGACAGUCUAUUCAAGGAAUGGGUUCCUGUGAAACAGUGUAUGUAUGGAAGAGUGUUAUAAAACUGGACAGUCUAUUCAAGGAAUGGUUUCCUGUAAAACAGUGUAUGUAUGGAAGAGUGUUAUAAAACUGGACAGUCUAUUCAAGGAAUGGUUUCCUGUGAAACAGUGUAUGUAUGGAAGAGUGUUAUAAAACUGGACAGUCUAUUCAAGGAAUGGUUUCCUGUGAAACAGUGUAUGUAUGGAAGAGUGUUAUAAAACUGGACAGUCUAUUCAAGGAAUGGUUUCCUGUGAAACAGUGUAUGUAUGGAAGAGUGUUAUAAAACUGGACAGUCUAUUCAAGGAAUGGUUUCCUGUGAAACAGUGUAUAUAUGGAAGAGUGUCAUGAAAUGGUGAACUGUACAUAAGGAAUUAUUUCACCAAACAGUGGAGAGUGCAUCCAAGGAAUAAUGGCUUGAAAAAGUAGGGGCUAGCUCUGGGUGAGCAAAAUGUUUUGUCAAAUUAUCUAAGAAACUUAAAAAAUUCCAUAAAACACUUACUUUUUCAUAAAAUAUCAAUCUAUAGAUAAAAUUAUUUUUUUCAAAUUUAAAUAAAAUUGGUCAAUUAUUUUUAAAAUUUGCAAUGGAUGAAUUUGGCAAAUGUUAAAGCUAGCCCUAACAGUAAAUUUGCCUUGAUAGUACUGACAGUACAUUUGCCCCAAGGGUACAUUUGUCCUGACAGUACAUUUGCCCUGAUAGUACCGACAGUACAUUUGUCCUGAGGGUACAUUUGUUGGUGGCACAGUGGUUGUCAGAUGAGGAAUUGAACAGCGUAUUUGUGAAAUGGUGUUAUCUUUAAACCGAGAACAGUGUGUUUCACAGCGAAAUCGUGUUCUCUGUAACCCUUUCAAUCUUGCAAGCUACUUUAGACAAGAUGCUUACAAUAAAAUGAACAGUUCAUUACAAAACAACAGGAACGAAGGGUUAAACAGAAAACAGUCUGUUCAACAUUUCAUCAUCAAGGAAAGAAUCUUCAGUAUUACAUUUUGAGGACGAGUUUCCUCAUCAUGAAAAUGAACACUAAAGUCAAUAUAUCAUCAUGUCACUUAGGUAGUAGUCAUCAUUACAAUGAUCAUCUUAAUAAUGUUACCGACGCCAAACCCUGAGUGAGUGCUCCGCAAGGCUCAAUGGGUAGGUGUAAACCACUUGCACCGACCAGUGAUCCAUAACUGGUUCAACAAAGGCCAUGGUUUGUGCUAUCCUGCCUAUGGGAAGCGCAA